UUGAAUUUCCGUCGUAGAAACCAAAGCCCGUCCGCCGGAAUCGUCAUUUCUGGAUCAAAUAUUAUAAAAACCGCUAAUUUUUCAAUUUACUUUCACAGCCUGCUGACUAGCUGAAUCAUUAACGUAAGAAUAAUAUUAACGUUCCUUUGGAUCCAAUAUGAAGGUAGCAAUUAUUCUGGCUAUUGCUCUUGCAGUACUUCUUAUAGUUCAUGAGACAGAUGCAGGUUGUGCUUCCAGAUGUAAAUCUCGUUGUAGAGCCAGACGCUGUAAAGGUUAUGCGGCAGUCAGUUAUGGAAGACGAUGCAUCUGCAAAUGUUUCCGUUGUGCCAGUGAGCAUACCAUGAAAUUCCCUGAAAAUGAAGGAUCAUCUCCAACUGAGAUGUUUCCACAGAUGAUUGACAAUGAGAACACUGACCUCUUCCAGGACAUCCAAAAAGGAGAAACCGAACACAUCCAGAAAGGAGAAACCGAACAAGGAGAAACUGACAUGUAAAGAGACGGUCCAAUGAAGUGAUGAUGAACUGUUCUGUUUUUACUUUAUAUAGUUCUACUUUUUAUUUAGUUCUAAUAUUUUAGAGAUGUCUUUAAUUUCUGUUACUGUAGUUCUAAAGCAGUAAAUACUUAAAUAGAA